ACGAAAACCACUGGCCUCUGGUCUCGUGCGACUUCAAUGGGCUUUGCCAGCGCAACGCAACGCGCAUGAUGCCUUUGCCCGUUAAUCUUGUCUCUGUUGUUUUGCUUCCAUUGAAAUAUCUACUGCUGUAGUCCUUCGCCAUCAUCCAUUACCUCUGCGACCUGCGUGAUAGUUUUAUACAAGCAAAAAAACCCUACAAGUACCCAAGACUGAAGUCUGAAACUCCGACUAAUUCUUACCAACAAUUUGCCAUUCCCAGCUAUCUGUCUACUCGUCUGCUGAAUAUGAUAGGCGAAAGUGAGUAAAGCCUGGUCAAUUCGUCACAGUACCUUGUUUUUGACUUCCAUUCCUUUCAAGGUAGGAUGUUUCAAUUAGCUUACCUUUACAAUCAUGAUCUUCCGUUUCUGUUUGUGGGAUGUGCUGGAAAUGCUUUGAAAGGAUGUGUUUUUUGGUAAAUGUACCUUAUUCGUGAUGCUUGCCUUCCUUUUCUCUGCAACCAUAAACGAACCUCGUCUCAGUUUCUCACUUUUCUUUGCUCGAUUUCUUGCUUUUUUUCAUGUUCUUUUGGGGUUUCCUCAUGAGAUAUCUUGUAAUCGACUUUACGCAAAAUUUUAAUCAGUUCCGCCAAGAGUUCCGCAUCUUAGGGUGGAAUUCUCCCUUGUAAGUCCUUCAAAUAUUGCGAGAAAGUUCCGAUUUUGCGUUUCAAAGAUGUAGCAUUCAAAUUAAAUUGGCAGCGAAUCUGCUCUGUACAAAGCUUUCUCGUUCAAACGAAAGCCAAAAUUAGUCCAUCAAUGCCAAUUCCUGAGAGUUGUGGUUCUAGGGGGAAAAAACAGUAGUAACUAAACUUGGUCUUAGCCAAAAGGCCGAUAUCUUGGGGAAAUUCAGAAGGGAUGGCAUUGAGUAGUCUCUCCGCAAGCUCGGCAAGAGUUCUUAACUCGCAACUCCAAUAGUGGAUUCGGGAGAAGCUUGGCAUCGAGGAGAAGAGAAGUGAUGAUAACUGGCGAAACUUAUUCGCCACUUCAUGCUGGGCAAUUUGGGGAAAAAGAAAUGAGUUUAUAUUUAAGGAGAAAAUCAUUGCUUAUCACAACGUUGUCGGACAGGCGAGAGCUUGAGGUUCACAUAUGCAUGAUGCGAAGAAAAUUUUCACGGCAAAGUCGAAGAGUGAUAAACAGAUUAUGUGGAAUCCGUCGGAGGAGGAUCGUAUGCUGAGUACAUGAAACUUGAAAUAUCAGAAGUUAAAAAGCAUGGCUAUUGUGAAGAAUUCCCGAGUUGAAGAGAGGAAGAAGUUGAACUACUACUCGACAGUCUCUGUAGCUGUGUUUGUUGCAUUUUGUUUACUUGGUGUAUGGAUAGUAAUGUCAUUCAUUGCUCCACUUCAGAAUUCAGAGUUGCUGGUAUCUGAGACUAUUAAUGAGGUGAAAAAUAUAGUAGGUGAAGAUGCCUCCACGCAAUUUGAAAAUAGUUCAGCUGAUAUAGUAGAUGAAUCAACAAAGGCAGAUCUCCAGGCGAAUAAAUCUGAGAGUGAAAACCAUUUAAAAGACCAAGAGGAGCAAAAAGCUACUGGAGAAUUGUAUGGUAACACAGCUGUUGCAAAUCGGCUAGAGGAUACUACAAGGGAGAGCUCUGAUGAGAAGAAUGAUUCAGAUAAGGGUUCAAGCACUAAGGAGAAAGACUUCAACAGAAACUUAAAUUCAGAAUCUGUAGAAACAGAAACACUAGGUGUCCAGACUAUUGAUGAAAAGGAUUCGGACAAAAAUGUUGGUGACAACAAAAUCGGGACAGAUAAAAGUACAGACAAUAUUAGACAUCAAGCUGAGAGGGCUGGGGAGACUGUGGAGGAGAUGAUUAAGAAAAAUAUGCUUUCUAAGACAGAACAAUCUACUAGAGAGAGUAUCAUGGAAAGUCAUGAAAGUAGUCAAACUUCUGAGGAUGCUUUUAAUGCUGAUACAGGGUCUGGAAUUUUAAAUGGUGGCAGUGCUACGGCAGAAAAUGGAACGUGGUCAACUCAAGCUGUAGAGUCACAACAUGAGAAGGAAACACAGAAGUCUUUAAUGUCUAAUGACAGCAACAAAUAUGAGUGGAAACUUUGUAAAACAACUGCAGGACCAGAGUACAUUCCUUGUCUUGAUAAUUGGCGAGCUAUUAGAAAGCUUCAAAGUAUCAGUCACUAUGAACAUUGGGAGAGGCACUGUCCUGAAGAAGCUCCCACCUGUCUUGUUCCUCUACCUAAGGGCUACAGAAUCCCAAUUAAUUGGCCUAGAAGUAGGGAAAUGAUAUGGUAUAACAAUGCGCCACACACAAAACUUGCAGAAGUUAAGGGUCAUCAAAAUUGGGUCAAAGUUACUGGAGAAUACCUUAGUUUUCCUGGAGGUGGAACUCAGUUUAAGCACGGUGCUCUUCAUUACAUAGAAUUCAUUCAGAAGUCUCUUCGUAAAAUAGCAUGGGGGAAAAGAAGUCGUGUUAUAUUGGAUGUUGGAUGUGGGGUGGCUAGCUUUGGAGGCUACUUGUUCGAAAAAGACGUUCUUACCAUGUCACUUGCUCCUAAAGAUGUGCAUGAGGCCCAAGUACAAUUUGCACUUGAACGAGGAAUUCCUGCCAUAUUAGGUGCCAUGGGCUCAAAAAGAUUGCCCUUCCCUGGUUCUGUGUUUGAUCUUGUCCAUUGUGCGCGCUGUAGAGUCCCUUGGCACAUAGAAGGUGGUAGGCUGCUGUUGGAGCUUAACCGUGUCUUGCGGCCAGGAGGUUACUUUGUCUGGUCUGCUACCCCAGUGUAUCAAAAGAAUCCAGAAGACUCUGGGAUUUGGAGAGAUAUGGGUGAAAUUACAAAGUCAAUGUGCUGGGAUAUGGUGGUGAUUGGAAGGGACAAAUUGAAUGGAGUGGCAGCUGCAAUAUACAGAAAACCAACUUCCAAUGAAUGUUAUAACUCCAGAGCCAAAAAUGAGCCUCCAUUGUGCAGUGAGCAUGAUGAUGCAAAUGCAGCUUGGAAUGUAUCAAUAGAGACUUGUGUGCACAAAGUACCUGUUGGCGCAUCAGAGCGUGGAUCACUUUGGCCUGUACAUUGGCCAAUGAGAUUGGAGAAACCACCUUACUGGUUGAACUCUCAGGCAGGUAUUUAUAGAAGAGCCGCUCCAGGAGAUUUCACUGCUGACUCUAGGCAUUGGAAAAAUGUUCUUUCCCACUCAUACAUGGAUGGAAUGGGUAUCGACUGGUCUUUAGUAAGAAAUGUCAUGGAUAUGAGAGCUGUUUAUGGAGGGUUUGCUGCGGCUUUGAAAAACUUGAAAGUAUGGGUAAUGAAUGUAGUUCCAAUUGACUCUCCAAAUACAUUGGCUAUAAUCUAUGAGCGUGGCCUAUUUGGAAUUUAUCAUGACUGGUGUGAGUCAUUCAAUACCUAUCCUAGGUCUUAUGAUCUUCUCCAUGCUGAUUACCUGUUCUCUAAGACUAAAGAACGAUGCAACAUAGAAGCGGUGAUUGCAGAAGUUGAUCGGAUCAUGCGACCUGAAGGUUAUUUAAUCGUAAGGGACACUGUUGAAAGUACAGGUGAGUUAGAGAGUAUAGCUAAAUCUCUACAAUGGGAUAUUCGAUUUACAUAUUCAAAAGGCAAUGAGGGAUUACUCUGUAUUCAGAAGACAUUCUGGCGUCCAACCAAGACAGAAACCAUUGUGUCAGCCAUUGCUUGAGUAGAAUGCUUUAUUACCCCAAUUUCAAAGGCUGCACUCCUUAUUUUAACUUAGGUCUAAUUGAAGAAUGUCACCUGUCAAUUAUUUAUAUUGUUUCUUCUAUAAAUUUUUGGUUGAAAGUGUUCUAGCAUCCCUUAUGAGGUUUACCCUUUUCAUAUAUUUUCACACCACUAGAUUUUGUUGAUGAGGAACUUGGAUAGACGUUGGCACUGUGGAAACUAAAUUGAUGUGACUACGACAGGGGACUUAAAUUGCUCUUGAAAAUGUUCAGAAUCUUAGUUUAUGAAAUUGUUGGAAUUUUUUAUUUGUAUUUAAA